AUGUCCACCAAAGCUGCCCUCAAGGCAGCAAAAGCAGCUCUCGACGAGGAGAACUAUGAAGUCGCCGCCACUCAAGCACACCAGGUCUUAGCCGCAGAUGGCAACAACUACUUCGCCAAACUCUUCUUGGGUCGCGCGUUGGAGAAGCAGCAGUUUCUCGAAGAUGCGGCUCGAGCCUACCAAUCCGCAGCAGAGCUGAAGCCAGAAGACAAUCAAGCAUGGCUGGGCCUUUGCAGCUUGUACGAGGCUCAAGGUUCUGCCAAAGUGGACGAAUUCCGCCAGGCUUCUGUCAGGGUAGCUGAGAACUAUGCCAAAGCUGAGGACAAGCAUCGAUGUCAGACGACCGUGGACAAGCUGGUGGCGUUCUCAAAGCAACAUGGCACGAGAUCACAGUACAAACGGGCACUGGAGGUUUUGUUGCCAGGCAGCGUACUGUACGACCUCUUGGAAGGACGGAUACUACACCCCGCGCAAACCUAUGCGAGGCUUGCUGAGAUCACAGAGGAAGAAGAAGACCAGUUCAUCAAGCAGGAGAUCGCCGCUCGAAGAACCAGGAUCGGCGCUCGGGUGGGCCAGGUUACCGCGGACGUCAAGCGGGAAGUCUUUGGCCAGAGCAAUCUGGAGCAGCUGUAUCAGGAGAUCAUUAAUUGGUCGUCAGACGACGAGGUUCGGCGGCAAUACGAAGAGAAGCUACUGGAGCGUGGUUGUGAAAUCCUCGUCAACUUGCCGGCGGAGCAGAAGGGACCGAAGCUUGACCAGGUCUUGACGUUGGCAGAGGGAAUGGUCAUCAUCCACCAUCAAUUUCAAGCAGCUUGGGACCUGGUAAUAGAGACGAGGGACCUCGAAGAUCUUCGUGAUCUGGAUGCAAACAUCUUGAGAGAAUAUGUGACGGCGUUCCCGGAUUCAGGUCGGGACAAAAUUCUCAAAGCAUGGCUGAGCAGUGAGCUGGCACCCUUUGCACAGCCAAAAGAUGAGACCGAAGGAGACAGUCCACCAACCCCUCUCACUCCUGAAGACCGGCUGCUGCUGAUGACAGACGGUCUGUCCAUUUCCGAGCAGUCUCCGUUCGCUUACCGGCUAGUGAGCGACUACUACCUACAUCUGGAAGAACAUGAGAGUGCUGUCGAUACCUCCCGAGCUGGCUUGAAGGCCGCCGUCUCCGAGGGUAACAGACUGGGCAUGCGCAUGCAGAAUACUAAGGAUGCCUUGAACAGCGUACUCGCCACUGCCCUCGUGCAUUUUCAAGCGCCUCGCAACCACGCCGAAGCGAAGCGACUUUUCGAAGACAUUCUGGGCCGGAAGCAGAACUCUACCCCGGCACUCAUUGGCCUUGGCUUGAUUUUCGAAGAGAACGAAGACUACGGAGAUGCUAUCAGCUUCUUAUCCCGAGCGCUCGAUGCCGACAAAACCAACGUUCGGGUGGGCACGGAGCUCGCAUGGUGUCGAGCCUUGAACGGCGACUACGUUGAAGCAAAGCAAGACCUGAAGGCAUAUCUCCCACAGAUGAAGGCUGACGAUCCUCGCGCCCGUGAUCUCCGGGCACAGGUGCUGUAUCGUAUCGGAAUCUGUCUGUGGGAAAUGGAUACCUCCAAGAGCGCGCGCAAGAACCGAGAAGGAGCUUACAGCCAGUUCCUUGCCGCCAUCAAAACGAACGUCAAUUUCGCACCUGCUUACACCAGUCUCGGCAUCUACUAUGUAGACUAUGCAAGGGACAAGAAGCGAGGCCGGCAAUGCUUUCAGAAGGCCUUUGAGCUUUCACCUUCAGAGACCUAUGCUGCAGAACGUCUUGCGCGCUCGUUCGCCGAUCAGGGUGACUGGGACAUUGUUGAAGUGAUAUCGCAGCGAGUCAUCGACACCGGGAGAGCGAGGCCACCACCUGGAUCUAAGAGAAAGGGGUUGAGCUGGCCUUGCUCAGCGCUCGGAGUGGUUUUGAUGAACAAGCAGGAAUACCAGCAAGCCAUCACAUCGUUCCUUGCCGCACUUCGCAUCAACCCGAAUGACUACCAAUCCUACAUCGGCCUGGGCGAAAGUUACCACAACUCCGGUCGCUACAACUCGGCUUUGAGAACAUUCACUUAUGCUCUGGAGCCGCAUGAUGGGGUCGAGAUGCGAGGGGCGGAUGAGAAAUGGUUUGCUCGCUACAUGCUGGCCAACGUACACAGGGAGCUUGGUGAAUACGACGAAGCCAUUGCUGCGCUGGAAGGAGUACUUGCCGAGCGACCAGAUGAGUUCGGUGUACUGAUGUCACUUCUGCAGACCUUUGUUGAGAUGUCAUGGCGAUGUGUCGAGACAGGCUUGUUUGGGCGUGCGACAUCUAGCGCUUGUCAAGCCAUCAGUACAGCAGCUCAGGUCGCUACGAGCCGCCCCAAGGCGUUCAACAUGUGGAAGGCUGUAGGCGAUGUCUGCCUUACGUUCUCAUGGGUGCAGUCGAGCUGCGACAGCCUGCCGACAACGGAACUGCAGAAGUUACUCGCCCAGGACGCUGACGCGGCGGCGUACGAGCAGUUGUCCGACGUUGAUCAAAUCAGCCUUGAUUCUGUGCAGAGCGGUCUAGACAAUGAGGAGCGAGGCAGCAUGACUGCAGUGCUAAGUGGCAUCCUGGCCUUCAAGCAGGCCAUUCACUCUUGCUCACACGACAUACACGCACAAGCCGUCGCCUGGUACAAUCUCGGUCUCGCAGAGCAGCGAGCCUUCACUUGUGCAGACGCGAAAGCCGGCCGGAAGUAUCUCAGAGCCGCUGUGCGGUGCUUCAAGCGCGCGAUCGAACUCGAAGCCGGCAAUGCAGAGUUCUGGAACGCACUCGGCGUUGCCACCACGACGCUCAACCCAAAGGUCGCGCAGCACUCCUUCGUACGCAGUCUGCAUCUCAACGAGUUGAAUGCAAAGGUGUGGGCGAACCUUGGAGUCAUGUACCUUCUUCACGGCGACUAUCAGCUCGCACACCAAUCUUUCGGGCGAUCGCAGAGCACAGAUCCGGACUACGCACACGCCUGGGUUGGCGAAGGUUUGAUUGCUAUGCUUGAAGGCAAGAAUCAAGAUGCACUAAGCCACUUCACACACGCCUUUGAGAUCUCAGACUCCACUUCUGUCAUCACAAAGCGGCAGUAUGCAUCUUCGCUGUUCGACCAUCUUCUGGCAACUCCGGCAGCCUCGGACGACCUCACAGCGUUGGUGCAACCGAUCUUUGCGCUGCAGCAACUACAACGACAAAGUGCACAAGACCUGCCGUUCCAACAUCUUGCUGCCCUUUACUUUGAGCGCGUCGGCAACAAUUCUGCGGCGAUUGAAGCUCUCGUUUCUCUGUGCACUGCCGCAGAAGCAGACUACGAAGCUUCAGAAUCUGAUGCAGCGCUGGCUCGAUUCGCGCUAGCAAAGUCGGAUCUCGCUAGAAACCAGCUGGCCCACCAAGACUUUGAUGAGGCUGCAACCAAUGCAGAGACUUCUCUUGAUCUGAGCUCAGAUCCGGACUCCAGUGGGCUUGGUGCAGCAGCGAGAACGAGGCUUCGGCUCUCCGCACAUCUGACGGCUGGUCUUGCGCUAUACCAUCUCAAUCGCAUGGCGGAGGCGAUAGCGAUGUUCAAGACGGCACUCGAAGAAAGCGUAAACGACCCCGACGUCGUCUGCUCGCUCGUCAAAGUCUUGUGGGCACAAGGCGGAGCUGAUGAAAAGGGCGUUGCACGAGAGCAGCUGUUUGAAUGUGUUGAACGAUGCCCAGAUCAUGUCGGCGCUGUCACGCUUCUGGGAGCCCUUGCUGCUCUGGAGGAUGAUGCGGACAUCGCCAUUGCUGUGAAGGACGACUUGGUUUCGUUGAGGACAAAAGAAGGACUCGGUAUGGCCGAUGGUGGCGAGAUCGAGAAACUGCUCAACGCCCUUGCUGUUCUGCUGCCUUCAACGUUCGCAGGCGGAGGCGAGGCUUCUUCAGACGAUGCUGCUCUAGCGGAGACGCAAGCUGCUGUAAUGCUGUCGCCCGACACUCCUCAGGCGUGGCAACAAUUGGCCGAACAGAGCAGUGACCCUGAAGCGCAGCAAUAUGCAUCUUCGAUGGCUUUGAAGACCGCGCAGAAAGCGGUCCCACCAUCUGGGCCAUUGGAGCCGCACAACCUGGCGAAGGCAUAUGCAGGCGUCGGAACAGCGGGAGACGCACAGAGAGCUGUCAUGUUGGCGCCAUGGAGUAACGAAGGCUGGGCUGCUGCAGCUGAUGCUUUGGAAGGGCAUUAG